CUUGUGGGCGGGGCUAACUCUCAGCGCCUCACCUCGCUCUCUCAAGCAAACGGAGAGAAUCGUAAAAUGACAUCCAGAUUUCCAGAGAGAAGAGCAGGAAAACCGCAGCGUUCAAGCACACAGUCGUGAAGUUUUCCUGCUCACGUUACUGCGGAUUAUUACACCGGCAACAGAUAUGUAGUCUGUAGUCAACACGUUAGAAAUGUGUUUUUAAAAGAAAGUAGCGCGCGGUGUCACACAACAGUUUUACCUCAGGAUUUCAUUCCCGCUUUUUAACUCCUCCAGCAGGAUUUCUGAGUCCCGUCGACAUGUGUGAUCUGAUGCCCGCGGCUCAACCGGCCGAAAAAAUCGGCAAAAUGAAGAAAUUAAGGAGAACUUUGUCGGAGAGCUUCAGUCGCAUCGCAUUCAAGAAAGAAGACAGCGGCUUUGAUGAGAUAUGUGUCACAAAGAUGUCCACUCGCAGCUGCCAGGGAUCCGACUCGGUCAUCAAGCCCCUGGACACAAUCCCUGAAGACAGAAAGGUACGAGUACAGCGGACACAGAGCGGCUUCGAUCCCUUUGAGAAACCGGCGAGUCAGGUGAAGCGCGUUCACUCGGAGAAUAAUGCCUGUAUCAACUCCAAAAGUUCCUCCGCUGGGAAAGAGUCUCCUAAACUCCGCCGUCACUCCAGCCCCAGUUCUCCCACGAGCCCAAAGUUUGGAAAGGCGGAUUCGUAUGAGAAGUUGGAAAAGCUUGGAGAGGGAUCCUACGCUACGGUUUAUAAAGGAAAGAGCAAGGUGAACGGGAAACUGGUGGCGCUGAAAGUCAUCCGUCUACAAGAAGAGGAAGGAACGCCUUUCACUGCCAUCAGAGAGACGUCUCUCCUGAAGGGUCUGAAGCAUUCCAACAUUGUCCUGCUUCAUGACAUCAUUCACACUAAAGAGACUCUGACGCUGGUCUUUGAGUAUGUGCACACAGAUCUGUGUCAGUACAUGGAUAAAAACCCCGGAGGUCUUCAUCCAGAUAAUGUCAGGCUGUUCCUCUUCCAGCUACUGCGAGGUCUGUCCUACAUCCAUCAACGGCACAUCCUUCACCGAGACCUGAAACCUCAAAACCUGCUCAUCAGUGAGACGGGAGAACUCAAACUGGCCGACUUCGGACUGGCCCGUGCAAAGUCAGUCCCGAGUCACACAUACUCUAAUGAGGUGGUGACCCUGUGGUACAGACCCCCAGACGUCCUGCUCGGAUCCACAGACUACUCCACCUGUCUGGACAUGUGGGGUGUUGGGUGCAUCUUUGUGGAGAUGAUUCAAGGUGUGGCAGCGUUUCCGGGCAUGAAGGACAUUCAGGAUCAGCUGGAGAGGAUAUUCUUGGUGGUGGGAACCCCCUCAGAGGACACAUGGCCAGGUGUUCCUGCUCUCCCGUACUUCGAACCAGAUCGCUUUACUGUGUACAGUCCCAAGAAACUGAGGCAAGCCUGGAAUAAGUUGGGUCACGUAGAUCAUGCAGAAGAGUUGGCCUCUGGAUUUCUCCAGUGCUUCCCAAAGAAGCGUCUCUCAGCCCAGACGGCUCUCCAUCACGAAUACUUCAGUCAUCUGCCUCCACGACUCUGGGAGCUUCCUGACAUGUCUUCGAUCUUCACCGUCCCGACCGUGAAGUUACAGCCGGAAUCUGCCGACAGCAUUCAGGUGUGCAGCAAGAGCAACAGUCACGGGAAAAGCUCGUCUUCCGGCAAACACUGACCUGUAACAGACACACACCUGACACCGUCCAGGUCGCUGCUGUGGUCCGUCAGUAUGAAGAUGAUACCCAUACGACUCUUAUGUUUCAUUUAUUUAUUUGAGUUAUGAAGAGUGUGAUGGGCCGAAGAGAACACGUGUGUGUGUGUGUGUAUUCAGUCAGAUCUGAGCUUGAUCAUCUGUUAUUAUUGUUUUCACCGUUUAUUAACGUUCACACACUGUUUGGUGACGUUAAUAGAAGGACAGUUUAAACAGACUGUUUGUAGCUACCUAUCUGUACAGUAAAAUCUGUGUCUGUCUUGAAAAGCAAACCAAAUCCCCUUCGGCUCACAAUCCCACGCUAAUGAGACAUCAGCGCACGCACGAGCGUCUAGAGAGCUAACAUUGAGCACUUCUUCCACGUUCAGGGCUAUGGUUCGCUCAGGACCCCAUGAAGCUCUUUAAUAACGUCACAAUAAUUCCUAUAAUAACAGUGAUACUGGCACUGCUGAUGGUGCACAUUCACUCGCUGCAGGGACGACGCUUAAGCAAUUCAACCAUCGCUAUUGGCUGAGAGUCAUUGGGCCGUGGUACUUGAGAAACACAUGUCUGUGUGUCCUGUGUGUGUGUUCACGUGUUGUGUUGAGUGUUGAAAACAGGCAAUACGCUUGCACUGGUGCUAUUGUGCCGGAGGAAAAGAGAUUUGUUGGUCCACGUUUAGAAAUGAAUUUAUUUAAAGGCCCACGACAAUCUUAUCGACAAUUGCACUUGUCAGUAUGUGACGAUUAAAAUGACCCCAAACCAUUUCUGUGAGCGAAGUUUCCAACCUGGUCUCAUAGGAAAUGAGCGUAGAUGUUAAUAAAACACGACUGCGCGAUCGUUAGUGUUUAAAACCUUCUGUGCUCGCACAACAACAUCGUACGGCUUUAGAAGACAAUGCUUAUAUACUGUUUUUGGUCCCUGUUUGCAAUACAUACCCGUGUCUGACUUCUAUUUCCUUGUUGCGUGUUUAUGUGGUUGGGAAGUGUGUAGUUUUAGGGUAGGAGUCGGGUUGUGUGCUCUAAAAUAUCUAUUAAAGCACAAAUAAUGUGUUUUUACAAAAUCGUUUCAGAGGCAGAAUGCACUGACACUCAUUCUAUAGCGGACCAAUAAAGUUCUUCUCUUUAGCGCCCCCAGUGGACGUUUAUGUCACAAAACUAUUGCAAUACUGGUACGGUUUUGUGGCGCUGCAAGAAGCUUACAGGGGUACGUAUUUCCCAUGAGACCAGGUUGGAAGGUUUAUUGUUAAAGACUCAUGAAAUCUAAAACAAAAAUGUGUCAGAAGUGCUGAAGUUUACAAACAUAAGACAGCUUGUGGCUUUUAGUCCGUGUGUUUGCUUAAAGGUCAUCGAAAUGCUAUCAUACACAUUUCAUUUGCACUACAAGUGAGUAGAUAAAUACUUAAAAUAAAAUUUUUAGAAGGAAAAUGGACCAAAUAUAUAAAUGACGUCAUCUUGCACUAUUGCAUGUUUGUUUGUUUUUGACCUGUUUAAUCUUCUCUAGAAUGAGAACGUCCCUGUCUGUAAUACAGUCUGACACCGACUAGCAAUAGCAUGUACCUUGAACUUCAUGUGACAUAAACUCAAGUCUCCUGUCAUGUAAAAUCCUUCAUUGGAUUCAAUUCAUCAACAGCAAAUACAUCAAACGGGGAAAAAGCCAUCAAGCCAUUUCAUGAGUCUUUAACAUUUGACAUUUUGUGAAUAUGAAAGUUUUGUCGGUGAGAAACAUUUCUGAAGUUUCAUGAAAGAAGGACACUUGGUGAACUGCACUGGCCCCUCAUCUCGGGCUCUCGGUACGGCGGUCUGUAAUGCCGCUCUUUCUGUUAACGUCCGUCCGUUUGUCACCACCACUCUCUGCUCAGCAGAUAAUAAUAUUAAAUCAAUGUGCUACAGUGUUUUUGCCGAGAUAAAACUAUACGUUUUGUUUUCUAUAAUAAGAACAAGAGCUAGUUGAACAAUAGCAAUGUUUGGCCCUAAACUGUUGAUGUGAAGAAAAAAAGCAAGAGAAACAAUUCAGAUCACCAGUUACACCUUGAAUCAUCAUCACAAAUCAAAACUGAAUCACACUCCUGAAGAACAGAAACACAUGAAUUCACUGCAAAAAAAUCACUUUCUUACUUAAUAUGUUUCAGCACAAAUGUAACCCUGGACAACAGAACCAGUCUUAUGGGUACAUUUUUUGAAACUGAGAUUUCAAAUAAUCUGAAAGCUGAAUGAAUAAAAUGUAUAUUUUUAAGUUGUUAAAUUAGGAUAAAAUCUGACUGAGAUACAACUGUUUAAAACUCUGGAAUCUUAAAGUGCAAAAAGAAAAAUAUUGAAAAAAUUGCCUUGCAAUGUAGCAAGUUUUUAUAUAUUUACGGUAGGAAAUCUUUAUUUCAUAUCCUAAUGACUUCUGGCAUAAAAAAAUAUAUAAUUUUGACCCAUACAGUCAUUUUUGUCUUUUACUAGAGAAUGGAUUUGUGAUCCGGGAUCAGAUAUGUCAAAAAAAUCUUGACUCAAGAUGGAUUUUCUGAGUGUUUAGAAAAUAAAUAUGACGAAAAAAGAUCUUGAAUUAAGGUUUGCCUUUUUUUAGACACAAAAUUCAAGAUUCUUUUUCUUGCAUCAUAGGCGGGUUAUUUUUGCUUGUUUUAAGCACAAAUUCACUGAAAUGUCAUAUUUCUUAGGUCCUUUUGCUCAUCAAGAAAAUGCAUCUUGAUUGAAGUAUUUUUAGACAUUUGUGCGGGAAAACAAGACAAAAAUGCAAAGGAAGUCAUUUUUGCAGUGUCGAUUCAUCAUCAUGUUCCUAUUCUGCUACUGUUAUUGUGAACAUAAGGAUUCAGAUUCUACUAUAAUAGUGUGUCAAUGCACAGAAGAUGACGGUGUGAAUGCACUUUUAAACAUUUUGCUCAACAUUCAAAUAUUCUGUCACAUUUUGCACCUUAAAUUGUUUGGGUGUGACAUUAAUGACCUUAACAUCGACGUGAAUCUUUUCAAUGACUUCUGAUGUACAGAGUACAGAAGUCACCGCUGAACCAUCCAUGAGAAUUACACAACAGCCUUGUGUUGUUUGUUCUUUCUCAUCUGAGAUGUGUUGGAAAAUGCUUCUACACGUCUCUAUAUUUGUUCACUUCGAUACACAGAAUUAAUGUCAACGAACAAAAUAAAGAUGCUAGUUCUUUAAAGUCAUGCCAUCGAAGAACUAUUCUUGGUUCGUCAAAGAACUAUUCAGUCAAAUGUAAUGAUUAAAGAAUCAUUUUUUCUUCUCGUUUUAUCAUUUGUAAAACAGAAGGCAUUGGGCUAAACAUGCUUCUUUCGUGGCAUUGAGCAGCAUCUUUGUUUUUAGGAGUGUAAUCACCAAACUCAGUCUAGUAUGCACCCUUCCAAAGGUCAGCAGGAGUUUGAUAAAAAAAAGAAUAAAUGAAGAGUUUGAUUCCAAAAUGAGAUAACUUUUUUCUUUUUAUUUAAAAAAAAUCUAGUUUUUAAUACGUUAUCAUGUUUUUAGAGGGUUUAUUGUGUUAGUUAGCUGUAUUUUCUGAGUAAUUAUGGCUUAAAAAAAAACACCUGCAGUUUGAUUGAUAUUAAUUAGAAUACACAAAAAAAUAGAAAUCUCCUUUUGGAACCAAACUCUUCAAAUUUUGGUAUUUUUCAACUUCUUUGGGUGCAAAAAUAGCAUUUCAGUUUGAUUGUUAUAUCAGAAUUUUUCGGGUUUGUAAAAAAGCUCCGUCGUUGGUUUAAAUACAGAAUUGUGAGUUGAAUCAGUGAGAAUACGAGUGACAGACGGACUGUAAAUGAAGGUUGAAGAAGCGUCUGGCCUCUCAGACACACCUGCUGAAAUGACUCUUUUAAUGUUGCCUGAUGUGUUGUGACUAUGAGCAGACCUACAUUUGUAUUCUGAACGCAGUUAAUGCCUCCACACCCACAGUGGCAUUAAACGGCUCCAGACAGUAUUAGCAGACAAAUCAUUAUUUUUCAUGCUGGAAACCUGCCAGACUCACCUUCAAUAGCUGAAACCACACCUUCACAUGUAGAGUUUCCAGAAAGAGUGACUUUAGUCUGUAUGUCUCAGUUCUGAGUGAAAAAAGUGAUAAAAAUGUCAUGUUGAACGACCAUUAAAAAGGCACAUUUAGCACUGCAACGGUCAUGAAGGAAACAUCAUAUUUGCGUAACCAUCGGCUCUCGCUUCCAGGUUGCCAUGCGGAUAUGAUUGCAUCAGUAUAUAAAUCCAGCUUUUAGAUUCCCAGGUUUGCUCUGUUGGACAUGCUUUGGAAUGUGCUGUUAAAAUCAUGUUAUUCAUCUGUGAAUAUUUAAUCUUUUGUAAUCUUUGUUAUAUACUAGGCUGUAUAUACAGUAUGAUGUGGGGAUUCAUAUUCCGAGUAUACUCAUUGGGAAAACCUCGCUGUGCUGAACACGGACUUUGUGUUUCUGCUUCACUUGCUUGCAGUAUAUCUGUUAAUCUUUUGUAAGACGCAAUGAAAUAAAACAGAAGUUUGGCGAGCAGUGUGUGGAAUCUAGAAGUGUAACCGGUCACUUUAUUACACAACAGUUAGACUAGUAUAAUGCAUUUGUAGUAUCAUCUUUGUUCAAACCUGUAUGUAAUGUUCUUAAUGGAAGAUGUCAUGUCCUUCUGUAAAUGUUGUUUAUCGUUGUUUUACCUGAAAUAAAUAAAGUUUAUUAAUGCUUCAAGCCAAA